AUGGCCACCAUAAGUCCAGCUGCAUGCACGCCUCAGGCGGUCAUGGCCCAUGCUCAAAAGCUCGGCGACGCUGACCCCGACUUUCGCUUCAUGGCACUGAAUGAUCUUCUGCAGAUACUAACUUCAGCAAACCCCGAUUUUCUACAGCAUGAUUUUAAUGUCGCCGGCCGCACUGUUGAUAGCAUCCUCAAGGCCCUGGAUGACCCUAACGGCGAGGUGCAAAACUUAGCCAUCAAGUGCCUAGGGCCUCUGGUCGGAAAAGUGCCUGCUGCGCUCGUGGGGUCCAUGGUCGACAAGCUGUCCUCACUCAAGUUCGAGAAUUCGGUCGACCAUGCAAUUUCAUCAUUGGCUCUACGUCAGUUGAUUAUCGCGCUACCUCGACCUCUUCCUGGGACCCCGGUCUCCAACGAAGUCAACAACGCAUACGCAGCCAUGAACCGUGUGCUGAUUCCACGGCUGAUUGGCUCCAAAGCCAAGACUCGUGCUUCUAGCACAGUCAACGAUAAAAUAAGCCUUCCAGACAUUCCUCCAGCGCUGGUGCGGGAUAGCAAAGAUAUAACCGUCGAGGGUGUGGAUGUAUUGAUUGAAGUUGUUCGCUGUUUCGGUCCUCUUCUUGACCACGAGGAAGUGGAAUCCAUGCUCAAUGUUGUAUUACGUCUUCUUGAUGGCGAACAUGGAAGCGCUGCUGUGAAGAAGCGAGCAGUAGUCGCCGUUUCAAUGCUCGCUGUGUACCUGUCUGACCAACAGUUGGCUAAGGUCGUCCAAACUCUCACAGAAGGACUAGCUCGCCCCAACGCCAGCUCCGUCUCGCGCCGUCUACACAUUUCCAUUCUUGGAAGCAUGGCUCGUUCAAUUCCUGCUCGUUUUGGAGAGCACCUGCCUCAGACGGCCAGUUUUAUCUUCAAUGAAUUAGCAGAGGACAAGCUCGACUCUCAUAUGCAGCAGCUGGACGAUGGCGACGACCUGGGCCUCGAAUUCAAUGAGGUCAGGGAGGCAGCCUUGGUGGCCCUCGAGGCCUUCUUGGCUUCCUGCCCGCAGGAAAUGCGACCUUUCACAGAUCUCGUUAUUUCAUCUUGCCUUCGCUAUUUGAAGUUUGACCCAAACUACGCAGUCGACGAAGAUGAAGAAAUGGAAGACUCGGCAGAAGAGGUAGAGGACGAUGAUGACGAGGAAUUCGAUGCUGAUGAUGGCUUCGAAGAUGACGACGAUGACGCAAGCUGGAAAGUGCGAAGGUGUGCUGCAAAAGCCAUUUAUACACUGAUAGCCACUCGUGGCAGUGGCGACUUGUUGGAGAAUGGUGUCCUGUAUACCGCGGCCGCGCCGACUCUUGUGAAGCGCAUGGAUGAACGCGAAGAAAAUGUUCGCCUUGAGGUCAUAUCAGCCCUUUCUCUGCUCGUUCGGAAGACUGGCGAGGGCUUGCAUACCGAGCGCGUCACUUUUGACGAACUUGAGCCCGAUGUAGUUGCCCAGAUACCCAUCAGUCGCAAACGCCGACGCCAGAGCAGUGGGGGCGGUUCGAACAUCUCCAAGUAUAUGAUUGGCACCGGGCUAGUCUCUCCUACCCUUGAGAAAGCGCCAAUGCAUGGGCCUCGCGCCGAACUGAUAACUUUGGUUCCCAGCAUCGUCAAGAUUUCGACCAACCAGCUCAAGGCCAAAACUGUCCACACAAAGCAAGCCAUGAUUAGCUUACUUGACGAUAUCGUGUCUGUGCUACAAGGUGGUCUGGCUGACCAUUUUGGAACGAUCAUAAGCCUCAUUUUGGAUGCUAUCAAGUCAGUCGGCUCUAGCUCAACUUCGGCCUCCCUCUCGAGCGCUGGAGGCAGCGCAUCUGCCACGCCUAGCUCGCUUCGAGUCGCUGCCUUGAAGCUAAUCAGUGACAUUUCCAAGACGCACUCAUCGGCUGUUUUGCAGCCUUAUCUGACUCAGAUUGUCGAUGGAGUCACACUAGCUGUUCACGAUCGAUUCUACAAAAUCUCAAGCGAAGGUAUUCGCACAUCGGAAGAGUUGGUCAAAGCCAUCACACCGCCCAGAUCGCGAGGAUCCGCAUUCAAAUACAAAGGAGAGCUCGACAAGCUCUACACAGUGAUCAUGGACCGAGCCUCUGCAAAUGAUGCCGAUGCAGAGGUUCGGCAGCGCGCUAUCCAUGGACUUGGUGUGUUGAUCUCUCGAACAUCAGCUGCCGAUAGUGACGCGCUAGUAUCGAAAGACAAGCGUGAGGCUGCUCUGACGGUUCUUCGUGAACGUCUAAGGAACGAAACAACCCGUCUUGCUUCCGUGCGCGCUGUCGACAACGUCGCGUCGUCCGCCAACGUUUUGGGCCAAUUGCAAAAAGGUUGGAUUCAGGAUGUGGCUUUGGAACUUGCUGCCCAGCUUCGCAAAGCCAACCGGCCGCUCCGUGGCUCCAGCAUUACCGCACUAAAACAUCUUGUUGUCUGCAAGGCUGCUGAGGACCAACUGGAAGCCGCCACCAUCGAGGGAAUUGUGUCAGCGCUCAUGCCGAUAAUCAGAAACGCCGACGCGCACCUUCUAGGCUCGUCUCUGCUCAUUUUGGCAGACCUGGUCAGGAAUCACGCGCAGCUUGUCAUGGUCGAUGAAACUGUCUCUGCUCUUUGCGAGCUUCUGAAGUCACAUCUUGCUGGAAUAGUCCUCGACCAACUUCUUACUCUCACCAGUGCUGUUGGCCAGAGCGGCACAGGAGGCCCUUUGAUGGGCGGGCUUUUGCAGAAUGUGAGCAUUGCUGGCGACCCAGUAGUUGUGGGAAAGGUGAUUGGAACCCUUCUGGUCACUGGUGGAGCUUCGUCUGGAGUGUCUGUGGAUAGCUUCAUUUCGGAGCUACAGAGCAGCUCGCAAGGUGAUGACGCAGCCCGCACCUGUCUUGCACUCGCAGUCCUAGGCGAGGCAGGUAUGAGACUGCGUACUGACUCGUCGUUGAGCCCCGAACUAUUCCUAGGUCAGUUCCGCAGUGAGCCUGACAAGGUUUCUCUGGCCGCCGCUGUCGCGCUCGGCCGUGCGGGUUCUGGAAACGUACCGAGCUUCUUGCCUACAAUUCUCAAAGCGAUGAGGAAAGGUGGAAACACGCAAUAUCUGUUGAUUCAAUCGAUCAAGGAGAUUUUGCAGUCAGUCUCCGACCAAUCAACCGACCUUCGGGACCAAGCCUUGCCUAUUUGGGAGCAGCUGCUUCAGGCAUCGGACUACGCGGAAAAUAGGGUAGUUUGUGCAGAGUGCGUCGGCCGUCUAGCAACACUGGAUCCAACCACUUUCAUGCCCAAACUUCAGACACUACUUAAGGCCAAGUCGACAGGUGUUCGUGGCAUGGCUGUGCAGGCGGUACGCUAUACACUCCCUGAGUGUGACGAGGCGUUUGAUGCUGUACUGCGUAAUGUGUUGAUCGAUAUGCUGCUUAUAAUGCUGCAAGACCAAGACAUGGAAAUCCGUCGCCUGGCAAUGUCGACACUGAACUCUGCAGCACAUAACAAGCCCGACUUCAUCUUGCCCCACCUCGGCCAACUCAUGCCAUUGGUGCUGUGUGAAACGACUUUGAAGCCGGAGUUGGUCCAUGAAGUAGUACUAGGACCGUUCACGCAUACUGUGGACGAUGGCCUGGAAGUUCGAAAGGUAGAAUUCCCUGUGAUGCAAUACGUUGUAAGUGCCUAUGAAACGCUGUAUGCGCUAAUGGAGACAGCCUUCAGCCGAAUCAACAACAUCGACUUUUUCGACCGUGUUGUUGCUGGCCUUGAAGACGACCACGAUAUCCGUCAACUUUGUAACCUUAUGGUCACGAAGCUCGUUGUCAUUGAUCCUGACGAGACAGCUCGACGUCUUGAGGCGAUUACCCGGAUUUACAGAGGCUUUCUAUCCACUACGCUUAAGGCUAAUUCCGUGAAGCAAGACUAUGAGAAGAAGGAGGAAACAAAUAAGAGUAUUCUCCGGGUUACGCUUCUUCUGGGCGAGAAGAUGAAGACGCUUACAGGCAAUGCUGGCGCGUCGAGUGUCUGGACAAGUUACUGGGAGUGGGUCAACGAUAAAUUUGAACUCCAACUUAAGGGCUUGCGUGAGGACAAUAAGGAGCUUCACAUGAAGAUGGUCUGA